GACUUUUGGGAAUACAAAGCAUAAAGGAGCUAAAAGGCUCCCAGGGACUGCCGUUGGACCCAAAGGUUCACAGGGAGAAUAAGAGAUAAUGCCACUGGACUCAAAGGGUCUCAGGCAAAACGGAGAGAUAGGAACAAGGAAGAUGACAAAAACCAGAUGUAUGGACCUUUUUGGGGCACCAGGGGUCUGAAGAAUGCACUGAGUUCAGAGGUCGUCACACUAGACUACACACACAGACACACACACACCACACACACACACUCACACUAAAUGAAAUAUAUGGUAACAGGAUAAUGUGUUGUACCUUUUCUAUUGGUUAAGUGUUAGAGAAAGAGGAGGUGGACCAUCUAUACAGAAGGGUAUUUAAUGUCAUGCAACAAUUGUAAGAACGAGUAUUCUGUUUGUCCUGUACCUGGGACCAGACUCCCUGCAUAUUUCAUUAAACCUAACAACUGAGUGAAGAAAAGGACUCUGUGCAUUUUCUUGAAUUUACUUACUCACCAUCUUUUUUUUUUAAGUUACAUCAAUAUGUAACUUGAAAUCUCCAACUUAAUUAAGGGUUAGUUUAAGUAGUUGAGAGCUCUCUGCAUAUCUACCACACGCUCAAACUUGCAAACAGUAUAAAAGUGUAUUGUUAAGGAGUGACGACGUCAUCACACAGGGUGACGCAGUUUAAAGGUGGAGAGACCAACACAAAGGGGCAUCACAGUCAGUGCAAACUUGUCCAAUGUAAUUAUGGUCCGCUUCACUAACUCUCCUCCCCACCGCUACCUGAUCCUCCCUCCUUCUCCUCCUCUCUGCACCUCCUGGCUUCUCCCUGCACCUCCCCACCCAUCCCUGCCUCUCCUGUCUGUCCCCUGCAGGGUGUGCUCUGAGAAGCACAGGGAGAAGUCUCGUGAAGCUGCCCGGAGUCAGGGAGAGAAGGAGAGCGAGGUCUUCACACAGCUGGCCCUGCAGCUCCCCCUACCCCUUGGCGCUGCCCAGCAGCUGGACAAGGCGUCCAUCGUGAGGCUGACCCUGAGCAACCUGUGCCUCCGAGAACUGCUGCAUACAGCAGAGGCAGGCUGCGGUGAAGUGGACAAUGAGGUGGAGAGGACUGCACCUGUGGAGACGUCGAUCGAGGGAUUCCUGCUGCUGCUGUCCCAGGACGGGGUCAUCAUUUACACCUCAGAGGAAGUGACGAGACACACGAGCCUCAGCCAGGCAACAUCUACCAGUGUACUGCAGUCACCAGCCAGAUGGAUCUCAUUGGGCAGUGUAUUUUGAUUCAUUCAAACCUGUGACAAGGAGGAGAUGUGCAAGGCCAAUCAGGGUCGCACAGUCAACCUCAAAUCGGCUUCCUGGAAAGUGAGCAAAUCAAUUCUAAUUCACAUAUCCUGCCUCCCGAGGUAUAGGUAUGCUUUACCUGUAACAAGCUCCUGCAAUCUGGUUACAAUUUCACUUCCUGCAAUCUGGUUACAAUUUCACUUCCUGUAGUCAGAUUACAUUUUUAGUCAUACAAUGCAUUAGUAAGACCUCACCUAGAAUUUUGUGUUCAGUUCUGGUCACGUCGUUACAAAAAGGAUAUUGCUGCUGUAGAAAGAGUGCAAAGAAGAGCAACCAGAAUUAUCCCGGGUUUAAAAGGCAUGUCGUAUGCAGACAGGCUAAAAGAAUUUAACCUAUUCAGUCUUGAACAAAGAAGACUAUGCGGCGAUCUGAUUCAAACAUUCAAAAUCCUAAACGGUAUAGACAAUGUUGACCCAGGGGACUUCUUUGACCUGAAAAAAGAAACAAGGACCAGGGGUCACAAAUGGAGAUUGGAUAAAGGGGCAUUCAGAACAGAAAAUAGGAGGCACGUUUUUACACAGAGAAUUGUGAGGGUCUGGAACCAACUCCCCAGUAAUGUUGUUGAAGCUGACACCCUGGGAUCCUUCAAGAAACUAACAACCAAACGAGCAAGAUGGGCUGAA